GCCGCCCAGGAAGUGGCCAGAGGGGUUAGUGUGGUGAAAUAGAGCUACAAAGAUGUCAUGAAGGAAACAACUGCUUUGUAAAUCAGGGGGUAAAAGUCUGUAAUGCCUUGAUUAAAACAAGCUACGUUAGAGGCCCAAAACCACUUCCUCAUGGUUUUCUUUUAAAUGUCUUGAAUGUAAAAUGGGCCUGAGCCAUUCUAAAGCUCAUCCUAGAGUGACCAAGGUAGCACCUCUGCAAAUCAAAGUGGAAGAGACUCCCUCAGCCCACCCUGUGGACUUUGCAUGCAACCAGAACCUGGAAGAAACGGGUUCAUAUUCAUUUGCAAGACUGCAGAACCGGUAUAAAGCUUUGGAAGGGCAGCUACCGCCUCUUCGAGAGACCUGGUAUGGAAGAUAUUCUGCAGUGCCCAGGGCCAUGUAUUUUGACAUCCCACUGGAACAGGGAGAAACAAGUAUAAUUAAAAAGCAUCCACCCCGAAGACUUCAAAAGCUUGAACCCAUCGACCUGCCACAAGUAAUUACUUCUGAAAGGAUUCUGAGCCAGCAUGAAGCCAGGACAACUCACAAAGCAAAGCAGGAACUGGAAAAAAAGAUGCAAACUCCAAUGUAUACUUCUGGGAAAAGACAAUAUUUACAUAAGAUGCAAAUGCUGGAAAUGAACCGUAAAAGACAAGAGGCCCAAGAGGAGUUGAAGAAAAGUCAUAGAGAAGCAAGAAUUACUAAGCAGAAACUGAGGGACCCUAAAGCCAAGCAAAUUCUUCAAAGCAUCCCAGGAAAUGAUGAUGAUGACUUUCUAACCUUUUUGCCUGAUGAAACCUUGGACCGAAGACCACGAAAUUUACAGAAUGCAGAAUUUUUGGAACAUCAAGCAACGAACGACUACUGUCCCCGGAAAAUCGGCAAAAUGGAAACAUGGCUCCGUGAACAAGAGGCCCGGGGACAGCUUCUCUGGGACAGUUCCAGCUCUGACGCAGAUGAGUUGGGGGAUGUUGAGAAGAAACCACGGGCACUGGUGAGGACCAGGACUGAGAGAAUUCCACUUUUUGAUGAGUUUUUUGAUCAACAAUAAGAAUGCUAUUCAUAACCUAGAUACUGAGCGCUUCGAAAACUUGCUUUCCUGUAAAAAUUCUCCAAGUUUGUAUACAUCAAUUCAUUUUCUUUUCAUUUACAGUCUUACGAUUAACAGUGGUGACCUAUUUUGUUAGUUAUGCUACAUAACUAACUGCCUCAAAACACAGGGGCUUAAAUAGCGGCCAUUUAUUGUCCCUCCUUCCUGUGGGUUGCUGGCUUGGCUAGGUGGCUCUUCGGCUGAUCUCUUUUGAAGGACUUCUUGUAGUUGAAGUCAGAAGGCAGCUAGAGCUGGAGUCAUCUGGAGGUUUGACCAGGACACUGAAUCAGCUGGACCUUCCUCCCUCUCCAUGUAGUCUCGGAGCCUCUUCGCAUGGUUUCUCCAAGGUAGUGAAGUUUUUACACUAUCAGCCCAGGGCUCCCCAAAGCAAAUGUUCCAAGAGGAGGAAGCAGAAGCUGCCAGCCCUCUCAAAGGCUAGUCAUGGAAUGGGCUCUGCAUCACGCCCACCACAUUCUACAGAGGGUGCCAAAAAAAUGCAUACACAUUUUAAGAAAGGAAAAAACUAUUAAAAUUGCAAUACAUGAAUGACACUAGUAUCCAUUUCAUUAACGCCAUCUUUUGAGCAAACGCCGUACUACACUAUGCUCUAUUGUUAGCAUAAUCUAAAAAAAAUAACAAAAAACUUUUAGCCAUUCGGGAGUUACUAAGAAUUUAUUGAAACUUUUAAAACAAAGCAAAACAAAAACACCUUUGAAGCCUUCUCUAGGAAAUUUUCAAAAAGAAGAAAAUAGAGGGAAACGCCUCCUGAAUUUGACAUCCAGUGCAUUCAGAUCAGUCUCUAACAAGAUAAAAAGACUGCUGUGUCAGGGGAUAAGCAUUAUGUUUCUUCCAAGGUCGGAAGGCAAUUAGGUCAUCCCUUUUUACUCCCAGUUCUUUGGGAAAAUAAUUCUUACUUUUUCUGUGGUAGGUAAAAAGCAUAUUUUUCCUACAAAGGGAUUCAAAAUGACUUGACCAAUCUUCUUGAAAAAGUCAAAUCCUUAAGAGGAGAAAUGAGUCCAAUCUAUUCAUAAUGUCCUCACAUAUUAUAGUGUAUUUGGAAGGCUUAAAACAAAGUGGGAGCUGGCCAAGUGGCUCAGUUGGUUAAGAGCGAUUCCCACAUAGGUCAGUGAGCUACGCCCAAGCUGAG